CGAGACAUCUCGACCUUCCGCGACCCCCCACGACCCCGAUUUCCGUCUCGAUUUCCCAGCUUCCGUGUGCUUUCGCCCGUGAGACGUUCGCUGGCUCUGCAGAACUUGGUUGCAUAGGGAGUCGGUGUGAUCCCGUUACCUCCGAGUUCUGCAAGUCUGUCAAAUAGGCCACCCAGGUACUCCGCUAGUGUCGAGAGGUCGAUUCAAUCCAAAGAGUCGCCGACGAUCGCCUAUUGUGCUCUUGGGACCUCCCCGUCUUCUCGUCAUCCAUCGGUUGUGAGCGUGGUUACAAAUUGACCGUCGUGGUGGCUUUGCGUCAGAACUCCGGAUCCAACCAACCAUCACCCACCGUUCCGUCUUCGCAUUUUUUCCUUGCCGAGAACCAGCCUCGCGACAACCGCCGACAAGACCGCAAGCCGCACAACUUGGUCUGCAGGACCGAGUGAGAAGCCCUUCAUCAUGUCGUCGGCCGCAAUGUCCAAAAAGAAUAAGGGGAAGAAGGUGGCGGAUCCCAAUGAGACGUCAAAGCUCUUAGCGGCCAAGAUCUCUCAGUUGGAGCAAGAUGCAGCCGGAGAGAAGGACCAAGAACAGGAGAUCGAGCGUGAAGUCAAGAAGGCUACGAGAGACCUGAACCAACUCCUCAGCAACAUCGAAUCCCCGAUGACCCGCCUAGAGACAGUUCACAAGAAGUACACUGAACUUUUGGCGGAUAUGAAAAAGCUGGAUCGCGACUAUGCCAAAAGCAAAAAGCGAGCAGACCAGUUACAGAAGGAUCAGGACAAGGGGAAAUCGGAAUUGAGCAAGACCGUUACCAUGAAGGAUAAACUCGAGAAGCUGUGCAGGGAGCUCACCAAAGAAAAUAAAAAAGUCAAGGAUGAAAACAAGAAGCUAGAGGACACGGAAAAGAAGGCGAGGUUGCUUGUCAAUGAGCGAUUGGAUUCGCUCUUGUACGACAUUCAAGACGUCAUGGCCGCCGCCAAAGGUAGUCCACGAAGCGAGAAGGUGGACAUUGACUUGGACGAAGCUCUACGUGCAAAGAUCAAAACCAUCGGCGAAAAGUUUGAGAUGCGGGAAGGGCACUAUCGAACGCUCCUCCGUAGCAAAGACUCAGAGAUACAAUGUCUCACCGCCAAGUACGAAGAGCAACGUCGAGCCGCCGAGAAUGAAGCCGCCCGUUGUCGCGCCCUCAGCUCACAGGUCUCUACGUUCUCGCAUACCGAAGCGGAACUGCGCAGUCAACUCAACAUCUAUGUGGAGAAGUUCAAACAGGUGGAGGAUACGCUAAACAACAGCAACGAACUCUUCCUUACUUUCCGCAAAGAGAUGGAGGAGAUGUCGAAGAAGACGAAGCGCUUAGAGAAGGAGAACCUUACGCUCACCCGCAAGCAUGACCAAACGAAUCGCAAUAUAUUGGAAAUGGCCGAGGAGCGCACGAGGAACCAUGAAGAACUUGAGAAAUGGCGAAAGAAAAGCCACCACCUCGAAGCUCUCUGCCGGCGGAUGCAGGCCCAGGGCCGAGGUCAAGGGCUUGCGGCCGACCUUGAUGGGGAUGAUGAAGGCACGGAGAGCGAAUACGACGAGGACUAUGAAGAUGAAGACGAUGAUGACGAGGGAAUCAGUGACGACGAGUACGAGCUUGAAAGCACCGACCGCGACAUCAACGGCGACCGCGGCGUACCGCAACAACCAGAGAAGCCUGUGUUCGGACCGCCCCCUCCGCCCAAUCUGCUGGAGGCGCGGGCUCACGGAAACAAAGCUGUGAUGAAUGGAUGCCAUUAGCAAAAGUCAGAUAGUCCUCUUGCAGACGGAUCGGUUUUUUCCAAGCCAGACCUGUGGCCAGCAGUCAUGGACAAAGGGUGUUGUUCUAUCCGAGGGUGAACGUACAUACUUCUGUGUAUAUUGCGCAUUCGGUCUGGUCUUGGGGGACAGGUUUUCUGACGAGACAACGUGGGCCGGCAAACUAUGCUCACUGGGAUAUCUUUAUGUUUGAGUGUGUCUGCCUCUGUUCGGGUCUUUUGAGUCGGUUGCAUGUGCAUCGCUCUUGUCCAACACAUACCGAGUUCCGGGGUUCGUGCACAUCGCAUCAUGAUUUGUUUUUAAUUUGGUUCAAUUUUUUACUAGUGUACUUGUACAUGUUAGAUCAACACGCCUAAACGUACGCAUCAUGGUUUCAUGAAGACACAAAAAAAAUACUAUUCACUGCAGAGUUCAAGUCCUAUCUC